AUGAAGAAGUUUGAUAUUCUCUACCAAACAGAACAUGAUCAACUGAUAGGUAAGGGGCAGUCACACCCCACACCCACAGACAUUAUCGCAGCCUGGGUAGAACCGCUGACCUUCCAGUCACACCCCACCCCAACAGACAUUAUUGUAGCCUGGGUAGAACCACUGACCUUCCAGUCACAUCCCACCCCCACAGACAUUAUCGCAGCCUGGGUAGAACCGCUGACCUUCCAGUCACACCCCACCCCCACAGACAUUAUUGCAGCCUGGGUAGAGCCACUGACCUUCCAGUCACAUCCCACCCCCACAGACAUUAUUGCAGCCUUGGUAGAGCCAUUGACCUUCCAGUCACAUCCCACCCCCACAGACAUUAUCGCAGCCUGGGUAGAGCCACUGACCUUCCAGUCACAUCCCACCCCCACAGACAUUAUUGCAGCCUGGGUAGAGCCACUGACCUUCCAGUCACAUUCCACCCCCACAGACAUUAUUGUAGCCUUGGUAGAGCCAUUGACCUUCCAGUCACAUCCCACCCCCACAGACAUUAUUGCAGCCUGGGUAGAGCCACUGACCUUCCAGUCACAUCCCACCCCCACAGACAUUAUCGCAGCCUGGGUAGAGCCACCUACCUUCCAGUCACAUCCCACCCCCACAGACAUUAUUGUAGCCUUGGUAGAGCCACUGACCUUCCAGUCACAUCCCACCCCCACAGACAUCAUUGUAGCCUUGGUAGAGCCACUGACCUUCCAGUCACAUCCCACCCCCACAGACAUUAUCACAGCAUGGGUAGAACCACUGACCUUCCAUAACGAAGAUGGAUAG